AUGGAACUGAAGCCCCGCCCAACCCCACCCAACAUCUCCCAGCCCUACCAAACCCCAUACAACACAACCCAGCCCCACUCAACCCCAUCCAACACCACCCAGCCCUACCCAACCCCACACAACACCACCCUAAACCUACCCAACACCACCCAGCCCUACCCAACACCACCCAAUACCAUCCAACACCACCCAGCACCCAACACACCCAAUCCCAACCAGCCCCACUCAACCCCAUCCAACACCACCCAGCCCUACCCAACACCACCCAGCCCCACCCAACACCACCCAGCCCCACCCAACACCACCCAGCCCCAACCAACACCACCCAGCCCUAACCAAACCCCACCCAACAUCUCCCAGCCCUACCAAACCCCAUACAACACAACCCAGCCCCACUCAACCCCAUCCAACACCACCCAGCCCUACCCAACCCCACACAACACCACCCUAAACCUACCCAACACCACCCAGCCCUACCCAACACCACCCAAUACCAUCCAACACCCAACACACCCAAUCCCACCCAGCCCCAGCCAACCCCAUCCCAACACCCCCCAGCCCCAACCAACACCACCCAGCCCCAACCAACACCACCCAACCCCAACCAACACCACCCAGCCCAAUGCAGCAUCAGCCAGCACACAUCAUUUGAUAAUGUCAUGGAAUACAGAAACACAUCAGCAUUGUUUUACAUAA